GCCUCCAGCUGCGGGCGGGGCCGCACAUCUGGGCGGGGCGGCCGCGCAGUGACUCCGGCGGGGCCGGCGCGGAGCAUCCCACAGCCGAUGCGAGCGGCGCCCCGAGCCGAGCCGAGACCAUGCCCAAGUGCCCCCGCUGCCAGAAGGAGGUCUACUUCGCCGAGAAGGUGACUUCUCUGGGGAAGGACUGGCACCGGCCCUGCUUGAGAUGCGAGAAGUGUAACAAGACCCUGACGUCUGGAGGCCAUGCAGAGCACGACGGCAAGCCAUACUGCAACCACCCCUGCUAUGCCGCCUUGUUCGGGCCCAAAGGAUUUGGCCGGGGAGGAGCCGAGAGCCACACAUUCAAGUAAACUUCAGGUCUGACGGCCAGGGUUCCCAGCACAGACUGAAGACGGCACAAACGCACCGCGACAGACAUGCAUUUUUGUUUUUAAUUCACUCUGUACUAGGCUAGCACAUUAAAAGCAAUAAGUAAUUGGGGCUGGGACUGGUGCAGAGAGGGGCUCCGCUCCAGAUGGAGUGGUGCUGGGGUGGGGGUGUGGAGACACCCUGCCAGAGGGGAAAUUCGGCCGAUAUCACUGAAGGCCGCCUGGAGAGGAGACCGCACCCUUCCAGCCAAAACCCAGCCCUGCUUCUGGCAUCCAGCUCUUGUGGCUGGGCCUACAGUUGUAUUCUCAGUCUUUAAUAAACCCAGACCGAAAGAUGC